AUGUCUUCAAGAUUAGUUAUCGGUACCACUGCGGCAACUAUAGCUACCCUAACAAGUUAUAUCCUAUACAACAACAACAAAACCAACACUAGUUUACCUGCAAGAGUCAGAAAUAAAGAUAAUCCAAUCUACAUAACAUUCGAGAAGUUACAAGAUUUGAACUCCUCCUCAAACACAAAUUACAACAAAAAACUUGUCAAAUAUCACCUCCCACCAUAUUCAGAACAUUGGUCAUCUAAAUUAAAACAGGGAAUCCAAGAUGAUCUAUCAGCCUUGAAGACUACUUUUUGGAACCCCUCUUCUCAACAUAUGGAAACUGAACAAGAAAGACAAAUAAGAGAUGAUCUUCAAAACAAGAAAAAAUAUGCAUUAAGUCAAUAUAAUGACGCAGUCAAAGCAUUCAAUGAAUUCAUUGAUAACUCAAAAUAUAAUAACAAAGAAUGGUUAUACAAUAGUGUCAAGAAUCAAGUAAUUGAUGCAAAAGAAGCACUAGAUCAAGCCAUAUAUAACAUGAACCAUCAAGAAAACAAUUCCUCAAUUUUGAGGCCCAAGAAGGUGAAUGUGGAUGCUGUGGCAAAUCAAGGGGUUUUCGGAUGGGGUGAUACCGCUCAAGAAUUCGCUAGAGAGGAAUUAGAACAAAAUGGUAAUCCAACUCCUUCCACUACUAGUGCUAACGAAACUUUAAAUAAAUUCACCAAAAAGGCUAAAGACAAAGGUUGGUUUACAUCAAAUGAUAACAAGGUAGAAAAACCAGAUCUUGAGGAUGAGAAAUUGAUGGCUGAAGGAGCUUUGAAAGGUUUGGAAGGUUGGGGUGAAAAUGCUGCUCAAUUUGCUAAGGAUGAAUAUGAAGAUAUUAAAUGGCAAUUCUCAAAUUCCACAGAAAAAUUAAAUGGUAAAAUUGAUGAAGCUACACAAAAAUUGAAUGAAGCACAGAGGAAAGUUAAUGAAACAAAGCAAAAAUGGUGGGAAUUUGGGGAAAAGAAAAAUGAUGAACUUUAUAAAGAAGCUCAAAGACAAUAUGAAAAUGCAAAAGUAGAAUUAGAUAAUGCAAAUAAAUCUUUACAAGAUUGGAAUGAUAAAAUAUCGGGUAAAUUUUGGGAGAAAACUGAUAAAUCAAUUGACAGUUUGAAAAAGGGUUCCAAUGAAGUAAAUGAAUCUGUUCAAAGAAAUAUGAAUAAAGCACAAGAUUAUGUUCAAGAUAAGAAAUAA